AUGGUAUACAAGGCCAAGGGGAACAUCCCGAACACUCCCCUCAGCGCGAGUGUUAUCAGCGCCGCCCUAGGCGCUCUCCUUGGUGCCGGGCUGUUCGCCGCAGCUGCCCCCGUCUGGCGCCUCACCGGCCUUAGUGAGGCGGGCUGGGCCCGCCCCCAGCUCGGCGUCUACCUCGCCGCCAUGGGACUCUUUCACCUCCUCGAGUUCUGGACUACAGCUGGAUGGAACUAUCACAAACUCUCUGUUGACGCUUUCCUCCUGAACAAUGGCGCCCACUACCACUUCGCCCACGCUACGGGCCUGAUCGAAUACAUGCUCUCCUCGUACUUCUGGCCAGGCAAGUUCCGGUCAUAUUUUGCCUCGCUUCCCCUCCUUUGCAUUUUCGCCGGCGUCAUGCUUCUUGGCCAGACGUUCCGCGCCCUCGCCAUGGUCCAGGCCGGCCACAGUUUCUCGCAUGUCGUCAAGCGCGUCAAGCUGAACGACCACGUUCUCAUCACACACGGUGUGUACGCGUACGUCCGGCAUCCUAGCUACGUCGGCUUCUUCUACUGGGCGGUCGGAACGCAGCUCUUGCUCUCCAACGUCUUCAGCACGCUCGCCUUUGUUGUCGUGUUGGGUCAGUUCUUCGGCUCCCGCAUCAAGGAUGAGGAGGUGUGGCUGCGCAAUUUCUUCGGCGAGGCUUACACCGCGUAUGCCAAGAAGGUCGGGUCUGGCCUCCCGUGGCUGAUGAAGUAG